AGGAGUUCAGCGCUCGCUGGAAUGAGAUUUAUGGCAACAACCUUGGGGCCCUGGCAAUGUUCUGUGUGCUCUUCCCUGAAAACAUGGAGGCCAUCAAUAUGGCUAAGGAUUACAUGGAGAGGAUGGCGGCUCAGCCUAGUUGGUAGAUUUUUGUCUUUUUUUUUUUUUUAAGUUGUUCUUACUGUAUAAACUGCUUACAGUUGAAGGAGUGAGCGGAUAAGUGAAUUGCUUAAAUUAUGUCAGUUGUACUAAUACUCAUUUUAACAGUGACUAACUUGCUGAUUUCAUUUACCCUUAUUGGGACCAGCAGUGACACGCAGCUUUUCACCGUCAUUGGACUUAUCUUCUUGAAAGUUGAUGCUGAAAGGAGCAUGAUUCUUUAUGCACCACCCUGUUUACUGUAAAAAAAACAAAAAGUAAUCCACUCUAAAUCAGAAGAAAGAGUUUCAUAUCUGUUUUUUGGCAAGAAGUGCUAAAAGUGUUACUUUUGAAUUUUUUCCCCCCAGAUUCAUACGUAUCUUUUGGGUAACUAAUUCUUCCUUAGGAAGAAUUUAGGAAAGGGGGACCUAUGAAAAAGGUAUAAUUAAGUGUGGGUAAAAAUGACACUCUUGGGCUUCUGCAGUUUGCUCUAACAUCUGCCUGAACUGUAGUUCAGGCUGGCAGCUUCACUUGGCUGCAUGGUUCUUGGGCCUCUCCUUAAGACAUACUAGGACAUGAUCAUUGUCCAUCUGAUUACUGGAACUGCCUGAGUAACUGGCGUUUUGAUGAUCACCUCCUGGAUUAACUUCCCGUGGAUUUGAGUUGUCAUCCCUACAAGUUACUCGGUCUUCUCUGUGCCACACUCUUUCUAUGGGAACAGAAGUUAAUGUUCUCCACCGUAGGAGUGAUUCUAGAGUUGAGACCCCAAGGUCACCUCCUUUUCAUACCCAUCUGCAAUUUAUCUCCUCUUUUUGCUCAGGCAGAUGCAUUUCCCCUACCUCCCUGCAGCAGCUGCUGCUUGGUGCACCUUGCAGACUAUGGUCCAGGAUUGCUGUCACUCUGAAUAGGUCAGAGGAUGGGAAAGGGGGCUUUGCCAGGACAGUGGCACCUGCGCAGGGCAGCAAGAUAGACCUGGAUAGGGCACUGUUCCCUUCUGUCAUAGCUGCUCUUCUACAGCUCUGUGGUGACAGCAGCUUGGCAGAAGUAUGAGUCAAGAUUCAAGUCAGCAUGGGAGCUGAAGCAGUAGCUGUUCAAGCAGUAUUCAUUGCUCAAACUACUAUUCCUUACCCUCUAGUAACCAACCAGUAGUAUUCUGUAAAUGUAAUCCUUCCAUGGGCUAUCACUGGAAUUGUGCUGGAGCAUAACUUGGGAUCUAUAUCCUCCUGAUGGGCAUUAUUGAAAAGCCAUGAUAGUGUUCGAGUUCCCCUGCACUAAGUAUUAAAAUGGUAAAUGCCACAGAAAUGCAUGAGCUAGAGCAAAAGAAAGUGAUGGGAGACAGAAGGGACACACUGGCCAUAUAUUGCCUGCAUGUCACAGAACACAGGACAUGUGGGAUUUAGGAAGAAAAGUAUUGUCUCAACAGUGGUGUAAUUUCCAAAAUCUUCCACUGAAGCAUAGCAAUACAAAGCUUCAGUCUUAGCUCUGGAGACAGUGUGGAGACAGUUUCUCUUGGCACACUGACAGAGGGAUAUAGCUUACAGAGAUGAAUCCGGGGAUGUGUGACCAUCUCCAAUAGGAGACACACUGCUACAAAGUCAACACCUUCCUCCUUAGUUUCAUUGUUCACACUCUUUCUUAACUUGUUUUGGGAAGGCUAUAGUUACAUGGCCAUCUGUUUCAAUGAAAUAAGAAAGAGGGGGAAGCAUUAUUUUGAGUAGGAGGACUUGUUUGUGUCUGUUUUUCUGAGUUUCCUACAUCUUACUCUCUGUCCCAACCCUAUUUAAGUUCCGUAUGUCCUGUGAUUCCUGCCCUGGAUUAAUUGUGGUUGUUCUGUCCCUUGUUAUAAUGAUCUCCUUUGUCCCAGCUGACCAGAUACCAAUCAGAACCAAGAAGAUAUCCCAUUUCCACUUGGCUUUGAUGUUAUUUACUCACCUCCAAGUACUGUUUUUUUUCUCAAGCAAGUAUCUCUCAUUACCUUGGCAAAAGAGAAACCAUGCUUUUCCCAUCUUUCCCUUCUGGUGUAGACAUCCCAUUCAGAAAUCAAUCAAGGUUUAAUCAGGGUUCUCUGCUUGGCAAAAGAAGUGGCUGCAAUAUGCUUAGUGGUAGUGGAAGUGCAGGAGGAAAUUUUAAACAUAGGCAAUAGAGCUGGGCUAAGCUGGCCUUUGUAUAACCUCCAGCUGGCCAGCUCUUCAAGUGCUGUGGCAGAAACAUGGAUCUGGUUUCCAUUUUUGUUUCCCCCCUGAGAACUUAUGUCUGAAUGCUGUCAGCAUGGAGUUUAUACUGUAGCCCCAUCAGUGGUGGCAGUAAUAGAGAUCUUUCUCCCUUGUCCAACAGUGUUUUCAGAAGAGUAGGAAUGUGACAUCUCUGAAGCAUGUACUGCACUGUCUGGCUUUGCUCAAGUAGGCUGGGUUCAGAGGCUGAAGGACUGGGCAGACAGAUUAUGUAAAUCUGUUUUUCCUAAGAAACUCAAUUUAAAAGUACCAGAAAAUGUUACUGCACAUACUUCUCCACUUAGGAUAAGACUAGGAGAAUAAACAUGAUAAAUAGGUGUUAUGGCUUUUAUAUGAGCUGUUCUGGCAGUGUCAGAGUGGUGGAACUUUUUGUCCAGUCUAUCUAGACAUGUUUAGUUUUCCUCAGACUUUGGGAAAAUACCAUUCUGGAUGGUAUAUUAUGAUUAUUGUCCUUACUAAAUAAUUUGAGGGCGCGUGUCUUCUGAUCAGGAGGGUGAAAAGAAGGAGGAGUCUUGAUGUUGCCUGACUUUGGAGCCUUGCAUGUUAGGAGAGUCAUCUGCUGUAACUUUUUAUUUCAUUGGGAAAGAGGGCUUUUACUGUAAGGUAAGUAAAAUGGGCCUCUCCUUAGACCUCCUCAGUAAUGUAGGUUGCAAGACUGACAUGUAAAUUUUCUGGAAAAAUAUCUUUUUUAUCAUUGACAGAUUCAUCAACAUGUUGGAAAGUUAAAUCUGGCUCUGGCAGCUUAAUUCUUUCAGCAGUAUAAUCUGGAUUUCUUUUGACUUCUGCUGUCAUGGCAUUGACUCUAAAAUAGCUUUAGAAUUAAAAAAAAUAAUCUUAAUGAGUUUUCUCUAGUUUUUGUGGCAAUGUUAAGUAAAAUUUAAGCCUUACUAGAAAACAAAAGUGUAUGUUUUUAGCAUAUGCAGUAGUUGAAUAAAAGAAAUAUGGUUUAAAAUGUCACUGGUUAUUUGUUUCAGAAUGCUAGGAGAUUAAGGAGACUGACAUUUAAAAUUUCUCCUUUCCUUUCUCCUCCACUCCUAUCGAGUGGAAUCCUCGAUAGUCCAAAUAUCCCAUGGUACAAGUAUGAGAAAGUCUACUGGUAAUUGAUAUAUACAUGGAAGGGGCAUGUAAUUAAGAACUCUGGUCCUUUCUCAUCUGUUAAAGUAGUCAUUUCAUGUCACAUAAUAAAGUACACCCAUAACUGAAGUCCCAUUUGUGUCAACUAACAGAGGAUUAGCCAUUUGUCAUAACAACCCAUGUGGACAGGCAUGCUGCUCAUUAGCAGAGCAUCCCUAAUGGCUGCAUCCUGGAAUAGGUUUACAUUUUAAAAUAAACAGAGGGGCACUGGGUAACAGCUAACUAUAACAAUUACCCAAAAUAAUCUGGGAACGACACUGUUGUGGAGGCUAGCAACAGCAAACAAACGUGCAUUAAUAUUUUAGUUGAAAUAGAUGAGCAUUAAUGGCUUUGCCUAUAGAAAUUUAAAGCUGGUAUUAAAUAAAAUCCCUUGGUUUUCCAUGGAUUGGAUAUCUAGAUACUGUCUAAAAUCUUACGGGAAGUUUGUCCUUAUAUUCGAAACGUAUUACCUUUUUUUAGAGGGAACAGAGGAUAUUGAUGUGUUUUCUAGUAUUUUAUCUCUGACUGGCCCCAGAGCACUCCCCACCAGAAGGGCGUUUUGGCCAAGGAGAUCUGUACUCGUGAUUCUUUCCAUAUGCCGCUGGCUCGUCCCGUUCCCGAACUGAGCGGAAUGAUGUAAUCAGAGUCACACAUUGUGCAGAAAUAACAGUUCAGUCAGACUCUCUGGUUUGGACAAAGCAGCAAAAAACUCUCUUCUUUACUAAGCCCACUUUACAAACAAACGCCUUGGGAGCUCACAAAUUCUGCACCCUUCUUGUAGCAAGAUGUCCCAGUUUGCAAUGGCCAGAAAGAGAUUUCUGUGGGUUUGGUUUUGGGUUUUUUUGUACAUAGUUGAUGCCCCAUUUUUAAAGACAAGUAUGUUACCAAUGUGCAGUAAGGUGUGGGAUUUAACAGCGGUUCUGUGGGUUUCACAGGGCAGAUAAUUACUGUCAAGCACAUGCAGACAUUCCAGGGAAAUAGCAGCAACUAAGGAGAAGCUAACAGGAGGCUUUGGAAUAACAAAUCUGUGACCUUUCUUCUGCUUUCUUAUAAACUAGCAAUCAUGUAGCCUUCUAUUAGUCACUGCAUAUUAAAAAGUAUUGGAGCAUCCUACAGGACCCUUGCUGUUAGUAUCCAGAUAGUGCUAGAUGUUGAACAGUGUAGAUUACAAGGUAAAAAUAGAUACGUGUAAAUAAUUAAACAUGUGGAGAAUAAUUUAACUAAAUAAAUUCAUAUAUGCCAAGUUGAAAUAAAGCAAGUCUCUGUGCUGACACCAGAAAUUUAUAACAUCUGUUUGACUCCAAUAAUCAACUAGCAAUCACAUUCAAAGAAAAUUUUGGGGGGCUUUGUAAGAUUGUGGAAUAAAAGUUAGUAUAAAAGAAGCGUGGAGGAUGCUGAUACACUGUCUCCUACAGAGAAGAAGAAAAAAAAAGGAAGGGUAGGAGGAUGAAUUUGAUAUCUGGAAUAUAUGUUAUAUUAGUAAGUGAAAUAUCAAACCCUUAUGCUGUUUUUAUCUUCUACAUAUGUAGUGUUUAAAAAUAGAAAUUGUGCAUGUCUAUGAAAUUAAAUGCCUAGCUGGAUUUUGGAGAGCUUCUUUAAUAUCUAAAUUGGUAUAGAAGAUAAAUUGGUGCUGACGUUAUGUGGUAGCUACUGGGAGCUCACUUUGUGGCAUGACUGGUAUAAAAAUUUGCUAAAACAAGAGCUAGAGGCAAUCUCCUAAAAAAAAACAUAAUUAAAUUUCUGUGUCUGCAUAAUACAACACUGAGAACAACUAAAACAGAGUCAGUUCUAGUUUUUUAAUGUGUCAGCACAGAAGCAUCAUAAAAGCAGACCCUGUGUGAGAAGGACACUCUUGUGAUCAAAGCCAAAAAUGAGAGAAGAUGUGAAAGAAGCUUUAGAAGCAUCAGAAUGAUGAUCACAGACCUAUGAGGAAACAGAGGGAAAGAGGUUAAAAAGUGGAUUAAGAUUUUUAAGGAACUAAAGUUUACUUUCCUCUUCAUAGCACCUAAGCAGUACAACUCUGUUUUUAUAGUAAGCUCUUAAAACAUCUGUCUAUAUGUUGUCUUUUUCCCUAUACUGACAUGAAUGUAGCUUUUACAUUUAACCACUCCUUUGCCUUUCUUCCUGUCAACUGAGCUGCAAUGAACACAAGCAUGUGAGAUUGGCUGCUACUGAAACAUGACUGGAAAAGAGAGAAGCAAACCUGGUUUACCUUAGACACCAGAAACAUAAAUCAUCAGUUUUUCAAGCUAGUGAAGGAUGCCCCCUGGGAUGAAGUCCCUCUUGCUCACUCCUUGGUUGGUUUUGCCACUGCUUAUGACUUCUUGUACAGCUACCUUAGCAAGAUUCAACAGGAGAGAUUUCUUGAAGUAAUUGCCAAUGCCUCGGGAUACAUGUACGAAACAUCAUACAGACGUGGAUGGGGCUUCCAGUACCUUCACAACCACCAGCCUACCAACUGUGUGGCCCUGCUGGCUGGAAGCCUGGUUCUGAUGAAUCAAGGCUACCUUCAGGAAGCUUACUUAUGGACCAAGCAAGUGUUGGCAAUCAUGGAGAAGUCAGUAGUCCUGCUGCAGGAGGUCACAGAUGGAUCCCUCUAUGAAGGGGUGGCUUAUGGCAGCUACACAACCAGAUCACUGUUUCAGUACAUGUUUCUUGUCCAAAGGCAUUUUGACAUCAAUCACUUCAGCCACCCCUGGCUCAAGCAGCACUUUGCAUUUAUGUACAGGACUGUCCUACCAGGGUUCCAGAGAACUGUGGCCAUCGCGGAUUCCAACUAUAACUGGUUCUACGGGCCGGAGAGCCAGCUGGUGUUCCUCGACAAGUUUGUCAUGCGCAAUGGCAGUGGGAACUGGUUGGCAGAGCAGAUCAGAAGGAACCGAGUGGUGGAGGGCCCAGGCACACCAUCCAAAGGGCAGAGGUGGUGCACUCUCCACACUGAAUUUCUCUGGUAUGAUGCAAGUUUGCGCUCUGUACCUCCACCAGACUAUGGGAUUCCUAAGCUGCAUUAUUUUGAGGACUGGGGAGUGGUGACUUAUGGAAGUGCUUUGCCAGCUGAAAUCAACAGGCCUUUCCUUUCCUUCAAGUCAGGAAAGCUGGGAGGACGUGCAAUAUAUGAUAUUGUUCAUAAGAACAAGUACAAAGAGUGGAUCAAGGGGUGGAGGAACUUUAAUGCUGGCCACGAGCACCCAGACCAGAACUCCUUCACUUUCGCUCCCAACGGCGUACCUUUCAUAACAGAAGCUCUGUAUGGGCCAAAAUAUACUUUUUUUAAUAAUGUGUUGAUGUUUUCCCCUGCUGUGUCUAAGAGCUGCUUCUCCCCAUGGGAAGGGCAGAUUACAGAAGACUGUUCCUCAAAGUGGCUUAAAUAUAAACAUGACUUGGCUGGCGACUGUCAGGGACGAGUGGUUGCUGCCACAGAGAGAAGCGGGGUGGUUUUUAUCAGGGGAGAAGGAGUGGGUGCAUACAAUCCUAAACUGAAGCUGAGAAAAUUGCAACGAAACCUUAUACUUCUCCACCCCCAGCUUCUCUUGCUUGUGGACCAAAUCCACCUAGAAGACGACAGCCCUCUGGAGGCAGCAACCAGUUUCUUCCACAAUGUGGAUGUGCCUUUUGAAGAAACAGUUGUUGAUGAUGUCCAUGGGGCCUUUAUCAGGCACCGUGAUGGGAUAUAUAAGAUGUACUGGAUGGACGACACUGGCCACAGUGAGAAAGCCACCAUUGCCUCGAGGACGUAUCCUCGGGGCUACCCCUACAAUGGAACAAACUACGUGAAUGUAACGACCCUGCUGCGGCACCCCAUCACGAGGGCCAUCUACCUUUUCAUUGGGCCCUCUGUGGACGUGCAGAGCUUCACCGUGCGUGGAGAUUCCCCGCAGCUGGAUGUUUUUGUGACCACUGGUGAGCACGCCUACGCCGUGUACCUGUGGCCCGUCGAGGAUGGCUCCCGCUCUGCCUUUGCACAGGUUAUUGCAGACCGCCAGAAAAUUGUCUUUGACCGAGCCUCUGCCAUCAGGAGCUCCACAGUGCCAGAAGUGAAGGACUACGUAGGCAUCGUGGAGAGGAACCUGCAACAUUUUAAGCCCGUUUUCCAGCAACUUGAGAAGCAGAUCCUGUCUCGUGUACGCAACACGGCCAGCUUUAGGAAGACUGCUGAGCGCUUGCUGAGGUUUUCAGAUAAGAGACAGACAGAGGAGGCCAUUGACAGGAUAUUUGCAAUCUCUCAGAGGCAGCAGCAGCAGCAGCAUGGCAGAGCAAAGAAAAACAGAAAGGUAGCCAAAGGCUACAAAUUUGUUGAUGCCGUUCCUGACAUUUUUGCACAGAUUGAGGUAAAUGAAAGAAAAGUGCGACAAAAGGCACAGACUCAGGCACAAAAAGAGUUGCCUGUAGACGAAGAUGAGGAAAUGAAAGAUCUUCUGGACUUUGCAGAUAUCACUUAUGUGAAGCACAAAACUGGGGCGUCGAUCAAAGGCCGAUCAGGGCUGGCACAGAUGCUGACGACUGCUCGGAGUGCCCCGUCAAUAUCAGCUUCUUAUACUCGCCUCUUUCUAAUUCUCAACAUUGCUAUUUUUUUUGUCAUGCUAGCAAUGCAGCUCACCUAUUUCCAGAAGGUCAAGAGACUGCAUGGCCAAAGAUGUCUGUAUGCAAUACUUUUAGUAGACAGCUGUAUAUUAUUGUGGCUGUAUUCUUCCUGUUCUCAGUCACAAUGUUAGCAGAAGACCUCUACUAGUUGACCAGUUUAUGGUCAUAUAUGUCUAUGCAAAAACAUUAACCCUAAUAGGGCCAAAGUUUAUAUCUUCUCUUUUUUUUUUCCUUUUUUUUUUUUUUCCUUUUUUUUUCCUUUUUUUUUUUUUCUGAAACAUUCCAAAAACAUCUGGGGAAAGAUUGUUUUCAGACCAGAAGGGAUUAAAUAAUAGGGCAAGCAAUAAAUAUCUCAGAAAAAUCAGUACUUAAUAAGUACUCCUCCUUUGUGUUUUGAGUUGGGCCUCACGUCUGAGGGAAUGUUAUGCUUUGUUCAUCAGAGUUCAGUAAUGUAAAGUUGUAGUUAAUUUUUUGGUGAGAAGAGCCCUCUUGAUAGGUUUGUUUCUAAGGUCUUUUUUAUACAGAAUUUGAUUUGCAUGUAGUGAGUUUUCAUUUCAGGCUGCUAGGGAUGUCUCUGGACAUUCUCCUAAGACAAGGACAUUCAAAUAUAUACAAGGCAGAUCUUAGCAGUAGACUUUAUUUCUGUCUGCCAAACCAAAGAAUGGCUCAAUAUGGGACACCCCUGUAUCAUUAUUGCAGACUCUUAUAUUGUCCCAUCUCUUCCAUGCCUUACAAUCUGGCAGUGGGGAAAUGACAAUCAUGUCAGUGCUUGCCAAGUGAGGGGCAAAUCACUAGUAGGUAGUAGUACAAGGCAAAUAUGGGUUUAACUCAAAGUAGAACAGAAUGCAAUUCUCAGGAAAAUAAAACCAUUUCUAUUUUAGGCAAGUGUAGGCUGUAGAAUGCUGAAUCCUGUAGGGUCUGUUCUCCAUUUUACAAGGCAGGGUUUCAAGAAAGUUUUCUAUAGUUUGAAGCACAUCUUAGUAGGGAAAUAAUGUCCUAGAUCACUGCCCUUCCAUAUGUAAUUUUAAAAAUACAAAGAACCAAAGCAAUUCUGUGGUAACCUCAGCAACUGCCAGUAUGGAAAAGCAUGUGUUAAGGAAGUAUUUAAUGUAUUUUUUCUUUUCAAAUGGCUAGAAAGAGGACAGUUAAAAAUUUGUGAACUGCCUGUUCUCUAUAAAGCACCAGCAAGGGUUCUGCAAGCUCUUGGUCGCCCCAGGUCAAUUAUUUGGGGAUUAGUGGUAAACGGAAUCAUGUGGUUUAUGACAAAAAUAAGUUUGACAUCUCCACCUAUAUUCCCCUCUGUUCAUUAAACUAAUUUCAAAAACUCAUAGCUAUUUGAGAGAAUGGAAACUGUGGAAUUGGGGCAUUCCUGUAUGUCUUUACAGAAAAACAAUUCUUCAGUACAUUUGCUAAAUAAAAGCAUUAUAAUUA